UUGAGAAUAUAUACUUAUCGAGAGCGGUUGUACCAACAGACUGAGCAUAUAACAAAAAUCGAAAGCUCUAUUUAUAUAAUAUAUAUGCACCUACUACAACAACAACAACUAGYAAAGCUGAUAACAUUCGAAUCAACUGGAAGCUUAACUAAUUAAAUUUAGUUAACAGCGAGCAACGAGCAUCACUUUCAAUUCGAUCCCAGAGAUCACUUAUCAAAUUAUAUAUAUAUAUAUAGAACCGAGAGAACCUUGAACUGGAAAUGUUUGUCAGUGUUGUUGUUCCGUGUUUCCUCUUGGUGUUAUAUUGCGUGGCACCUGUGCUCUCCGUAUCCAGCACAUGGGGCAAUAUUUCCAAUUCGGCGCAAUUGUUGCAUGCCGAAAACGUCGUCUACACCUCGUCGCCAGGAAAAUAUGUCGAGCACGAAAUCAAAUAUCCGACAAAUGGAAUUGGUAAUGGGCGCAUCAUAACGGGAAUACGAGCGUUCGACCAGGUGACAAACAACACGGGAGGCCAUGCUACGAUUUAUUCUGGAGGCCCUGGUUUUAACUUUGUGAACAUCAAACUACAAUCGCAGUAUAAUUAUGGCUUAAUAUUUCGUGUUGAAAUUUAUGGCAAAUAAAUAACAAAUCAACAACAUUUAUAUAAUAAAA